AUGGCUUGGUACAUCCAGCGCCGAUACCCACGUUCCAAGCUACAGUCCUACCUCGCCACCCAGCUUCCCCAACAAUUGGCUCAUCGUCUGGGGAAUCUCGUUAGUAGACAGCAAGCGUUACUCAUCUGGAAAUCCAAGGCCAAGGUUGUCAGCACAGCCGCCAUACGCUCCUCUCUGUCGCGUAUUCGGGAAUACAUCGUCUCCACGAGCCACCCCUGGUCGGCACACAUUGGGUUCGUCAUCCCUCGUGUCCAUCAUAUCCAUUCAUUGGGCGAUGCCAGCCUCCUCGGUGUUGGUGGCUACUCCCCUACGCUCCAGUUUUGGUUCGACAUUCGGUGGUCCGCUGCUACCUUAGCCAAGCUCCAGCUACCCUCUACAGACCCCUCUUUUCUCCACAUCAAUGCAUUGGAGUUCAUUGCCAUUAUCGUCCAGUUGGCUGCCAUCACCACCCGCCUCCGUUCUAUCCCUUCCUCUGGCCCAAGCCCGUUCUUUCCUGAUGGACGUCCCCAUCUCCCCAUUGUCCUGGUCGAGACCGACAACACAUCUGCUCUAUCCUGGGCUGAGACUGCUACUUCGUCGUCAUCCCAUGGCCAGGCCCUGUUGGACAUCUAUUCGGAGCUCCUUCGUCUCCAGCUCUUUGGCAUCAACGCCAAACACAUCAAGGGGGAGGACAACGUCUUGGCUGACUACCUCUCUCGUCCCACUAAUGCUUCUCUGUCUUUCCCUUCUCGACGUGCUCAGCUGUUAGCGAGGCAUCCCUCUAUGACGACCUGGGACUAUUUCCACCUGAGUGCAGAGAUGCAACAGCUCCUUAUCUCGCGGCUGUCCUCCGUGCAGCCAGUGGAGGCCCUUCAGUUGCCCGCAACGCUGGGACAGUUCGUACCCACCGCCUCUACUACCUCCUCUUUGCUCACACUUUAG